AUGGAUGAGAACGGAGGACUGCUGAACCGGACAGACACCCUGAACUCGGCCGCCAGCUCGGGCGCCGCGCACCGCAGGAGAACUCCACACGGGAAGAAGCAGGUGCAGGGCAACGCGGGGCUGAGGGCACCGCGCGCCCUCUUCUGCCUCACGCUGAACAACCCCAUCCGCCGGGCCGUCCUCGCCAUCGUGGAGUGGAAACCCUUUGACAUCUUCAUCCUGCUGGCUAUCUUUGCCAACUGCGUGGCCCUGGGUGUGUCCAUCCCCUUCCCUGAAGAUGACUCCAAUGCAACCAACCAUGACCUGGAACAAGUUGAGUAUGUGUUCAUGAUCAUCUUCACCAUUGAAACCUUCAUGAAGAUAUUGGCAUAUGGGCUGGUCAUGCACCCCAGCGCCUACAUACGCAAUGGCUGGAACAUGCUGGAUUUCGUUAUCGUCAUUGUAGGCCUCUUCAGUGUGGUGCUGGAGUCCAUGACCCACAAGCCAGGGGAGGCUCACCACAUGGCGGGGAAGCCCGGGGGGCUGGAUGUGAAGGCCCUGAGAGCGUUCAGAGUGCUGCGGCCCCUCAGGCUGGUCUCAGGGGUGCCGAGUCUCCAGAUUGUGCUGAACUCCAUCAUGAAGGCCAUGGUCCCCCUGCUGCACAUUUCCCUGCUGGUCCUCUUCGUCAUCAUCAUCUACGCCAUCAUCGGCCUGGAGCUCUUCAUCGGCCGGAUGCACAAGACCUGCUUCUUUGUUGGCACAGAGAUGCUCGUUGAGGAAGACCCCGUCCCGUGCGCGUUUGCGGGGAACGGCCGUCAGUGCCCGUUGAACAACACGGUCUGCAGGGGCAAGUGGGACGGCCCCAACGGUGGCAUCACCAACUUCGACAACUUCUUCUUCGCCAUGCUGACUGUGUUCCAGUGCAUCACGAUGGAGGGAUGGACCGACGUGCUCUACUGGAUGAACGAUGCAAUAGGGUUUGAGCUGCCCUGGGUGUACUUUGUCAGCCUGGUGAUCUUUGGCUCCUUCUUUGUGCUCAACCUUGUGUUGGGUGUGUUGAGUGGUGAGUUCUCUAAGGAGAGAGAGAAGGCAAAGAAGCGUGGAGACUUCCAGAAGAUGAAGGAGAAGCAGCAGAUGGAGGAGGACAUGCUGGGCUACAUGGACUGGCUCAUGCAGGCAGAGGACCUAGAGUACGAGGAGGGAAACAAACGUAAGAAGAUAGGUGACAGGAAGAGGGGCAAGUCCGGCUGGUUUGGUCACUCUGAUUCAGGAAGUGAAGAAGGCUCUGAAAAUGAAGAGAUCCUCUACGACGAUGACGGCUGCUGCGCAUCCUGCUUUGAGCAGUUUUACCGCUGGAACCAAGGAAUGCGCAAAAAGUGUCGAACUGCUGUCAAGUCCUCCGCCUUCUAUUGGCUGGUGCUGCUUCUCGUGUUCCUCAACACUGCUGCUAGCGCGUCUGAGCACUACCAACAGCCCGAAUGGCUAACACGUGUCCAAGAGAGAGCUAACCGGUGGCUGCUGACCCUCUUCACCGUGGAGAUGUUAGUGAAGAUGUACAGUCUGGGCUUCCAGGUGUACUUCAUGGCCUUCUUCAACCGCUUCGACUGCUUCGUGGUGUGUGGGGGCAUCAUAGAGACCAUCCUGGUGGAGCUGGACAUCUUGUCUCCCAUCGGCAUCUCUGUGCUGCGCUGUGUCCGGCUGCUGAGGAUAUUCAAAGUCACGCGCCACUGGCACUCUCUGUCCAACCUGGUGGCCUCGCUGCUCAAUUCCAUGAAGUCCAUCGCCUCCCUGCUGCUGCUGCUCUUCCUCUUCCUCAUCAUCUUCGCCCUGCUGGGGAUGCAGCUCUUCGGCGGCAAGUUCAACUUCGACGAGACGCAGACCAAGCGGAGCACCUUCGACACCUUCCCCCAGGCCCUCCUCACCUGCUUCCAGAUUCUGACGGGCGAGGACUGGAACUCGGUGAUGUAUGACGGGAUCAUGGCGUAUGGAGGCCCGUCCUUCCCCGGAAUGAUCGUCUGCAUUUACUUUGUCAUCCUUUUCAUCUGCGGCAACUACAUCCUGUUGAAUGUCUUCUUGGCCAUCGCUGUGGACAACUUGGCUAGCUGUGACCGUAGCGACGCAAAGAAAGAGUAUGUGGGAGAGAAGGAGGAAGAGGAGGAGGAUGAAGAUGAUGAUGAGGAUGAGGAUGAAGAUGAUAUAAAGGUUCAUAUAGAGGACUUGGAAGAAGAGGAGGAAGGAGAGGAGGGUGAAGACGCUCAAGGCGGUUCCCAGUUAAAAGUGACUGACUUUGCGCCACCAAAAGAAAAGAUCGUCCCCAUACCCGAUGGCAGCUCCUUCUUUUGUCUGGGCAAGACCAAUCCGAUUCGAGUUGGCUGCCAUAAGCUGAUCCAUCACCACAUCUUCACCAACCUCAUUCUCGUCUUCAUCAUCCUCAGUAGCAUCUCCCUGGCUGCCGAGGACCCAAUCAGGACACAUUCAGCCAGGAAUAAUGUUCUGGGUUAUGCUGACUACGCAUUCACCUCUAUAUUCACUGUGGAAAUCUUACUGAAGAUGACAGUAUAUGGCGCAUUUCUCCACAAAGGUUCCUUCUGCAGGAACUGGUUCAACCUCCUGGACCUGCUGGUGGUCAGUGUGUCGCUGGUCUCCUUCUUCCUGCAUUCGAGUGCUAUCUCUGUAGUGAAGAUUUUCAGGGUGUUGAGAGUGCUCAGGCCACUUCGAGCCAUUAACAGAGCCAAGGGGCUCAAGAACGUGGUACAGUGUGUGUUUGUGGCCAUCAGAACCAUCGGGAACAUCAUGAUUGUCAACAUAUUGCUGCAGUUCAUGUUCGCCUGCAUCGGAGUGCAGCUCUUCAAGGGUAAAUUUUUCAGAUGCACUGAUGAAGCAAAGCACACACCAGAGGAGUGCAAGGGGAUGUUUGUCGUGUACAAGGACGGGGACGUGGCUCACCCCAUGAUGAAGGAGAGGGUGUGGUACAACAGCGAUUUCAACUUCGAUAACGUGCUGAUGGGCAUGAUGGCGCUCUUCACUGUAUCCACGUUCGAGGGCUGGCCAGUGCUUCUGUACAAGGCGAUCGACGCCAACGCCGAGAAUGAGGGCCCCAUCUACAACUACCGCGUGGAGAUCUCCAUCUUCUUCAUCAUCUACAUCAUUGUCAUCGCCUUCUUCAUGAUGAACAUCUUCGUGGGUUUUGUCAUCAUCACCUUCCGCGAGCAGGGAGAGCAGGAGUACAAGAACUGCGAGCUGGACAAGAACCAGAGGAGAUGUGUGUAUUAUGCACUGAAGGCCCAGCCACUGAAACUCUACAUCCCGAAGAAUCCCAUGCAGUUUAAGUUCUGGUCCAUCGUGAACUCCACGACGUUUGAGUACAUCAUGUUUGUCCUGAUCCUCCUCAACACGGUCACGCUGGCUGUACAGCACUAUGAACAGUCAAAGCUCUUCAGCUUUGUCAUGGACACUCUCAACAUGGUCUUCACUGGGCUUUUCACCGUGGAGAUGGUACUCAAGCUCCUGGCGCUCAGACCCAGGCACUACUUCAUGGACGCCUGGAACUCGUUUGAUGCUCUGAUCGUGGUGGGCAGUGUGGUGGACAUCGUGGUGACAGAGUUCAGCGGAGAAGAAAGCUCGCGAGUGUCCAUCACAUUCUUCCGGUUGUUCCGUGUCAUGAGAUUGGUCAAGCUGCUCAACAAAGGGGAGGGCAUCCGCACACUCCUGUGGACUUUUGUCAAAUCCCUCCAGGCUCUGCCAUACGUAGCGCUCCUCAUUGCCAUGAUCUUCUUCAUUUACGCCGUCAUUGGCAUGCAGACCUUUGGGAAGAUCGCCAUGCAGGACAACACGGAUAUAAACAGAAACAACAAUUUCCAGACCUUCCCCCAGGCUGUCCUCCUGCUAUUCAGGUGUGCCACGGGAGAGGCGUGGCAGGAGAUCAUGCUGGCCAGCCUGCCGGGAAAGCUGUGUGACCCGGAGGCGGACUACGAGCCCGGAGAGGAGUACUCCUGCGGGAGCAACUUCGCCAUCGUCUACUUCAUCAGCUUCUUCAUGCUCUGUGCUUUUCUGAUUAUUAACCUGUUUGUGGCUGUCAUCAUGGACAACUUUGAUUACCUGACACGCGAUUGGUCCAUCCUCGGCCUCCAUCACUUGGAUGAGUUCAAAAGGGUCUGGUCAGAAUAUGACCCCGAGGCCAGCGGCCGCAUCAAGCACCUGGAGGUGGUGGCCCUGCUGCGCAGAAUCCAGCCUCCGCUGGGCUUCGGCCACCGGUGUCCCCACCGGGUCGCCUGCAGGAGACUGGUGGCUAUGAACAUGCCUCUGAAGAGCGAUGGCACGGUGACCUUCAACGCCACUCUGUUCGCGUUGGUCAGAACUGCCCUGAAGAUUAAAACAGAAGGUCCGAUAGAGCAGGAGAACGAGGAGUUGCGUCUCAUCAUCAAGAAAGUCUGGAAGCGAACCAAGGCCAAGAUCCUGGACGAUAUCAUCCCCCCCCGUGAGGAGGAGCUGGCCACGGUUGGCAAGGUGUACGCCAGCUUCCUCAUCCAGGAUUACUUCCGGAAGUUCCGCAAGAGGAAGAAGGCCAACAAGAAAAACAAGAACAAGUCGUCUGCUCUGGAGGCCGGCCUACGCACUCUGCAGGACCUGGGGCCGGAGAUGCGGCUGGCUAUGUCCUGCGACCUGGAGGAGGAGGCUGAGGAGGAGGUGGCGCUGGACCUGGAGGAAGAGGCCGACGAGGACGAGGCUUUCUACAAGAGUGAGAGUGUUUUCAGAGGUAACACUGUCAGUCCCGACAAGCUUGAUCCUGGAACUCCAUUACCCACAAGCACCCCUCUGCCACCCCCUGAGGAAGAAGAGGCAGAGAUGGUCUCCAACGCAAGCAUGACUCCCACACCCGUCACUGUGGACGUUCCGCUAAAAACACCAAAUGGAGAGGUGAUGAUGGAGCAGGAGGAGGAGCCUGUAGAGGUGGAGGAGGACCACUCUCAGUAUAUUCCUCCCGUGGUCGAGAGAGGGGUUGUGAACCAGCAGCCUAAGCCAGCCGCUAACAGGGAAGGAUACAGCCAUGGGUUUCCACCUCCCCCUCGCCGGGAGGACGUGAUGGAGGUACCGGAAGAAAACUACACCGGAGAGCAAGAGUACUACGGGGAGGAGGAUAAUGAGAGCACCGCGUCACGAGAAAGGGCUUGGUUCCCAGAGGCACCGCCCAUGUACCCUGGACAACGUGAGCAAACGUACGACACACAGCCCCCCGCCCCCACGCACUACGGCAACCACUAUGGCAACCACUAUGGCAACCACAACGGCAACCUCUAUGGCAACCACACUGGCAACCACAUUGGCAAUCACAUCGGCAAUCACAUCGGCAAUCACAUCGGCAACCACAUCGGCAACGGCGAUCCUCUGCGGCCUCCCCGGCGACGCUUGCUUCCAGCCACGCCCACCGGGCACAAGCCUACCUUUAACAUCCAGUGUCUGGGGAGGCAGGGCAGCAACGAGGACAUCCCCAUUCCUGGCACCUACCAUCAGGCGGCCCCGCCCACACAAAUGCACACACAGGUGUAUGGCGGAUACGACCCUCGCCGCGGCAGCGUCUCGUCGAUAGACUCCUCCAACUCAUGGGCCAACUCCAACUCCAACUCCAACCCCCGCCGGGGCCGCCUGCUGUACGCCCCCCUCAUCCUGGUGGAAGGGGAGGGGAGGGCGGGUGAGGUGGCGGGGGGCAUGGGCGCGUGGGCCGACGCCAACGGCAGCGCCAGCCUCCCCGCGGCGGUGCGGCCCGGCUGGGACUCAGGCACCCUGGGGCACGGGGUGGCCCCGGCCUACAGCAGAACAUACACCAACCUGAGGGUGCCGCCCCAGCUCACGCACCAGUAUGUGGGCAAGGGCAGCGCUGACAGCCUGGUGGAGUCGGUCCUGAUCUCUGAGGGGCUGGGUCUCUACGCCAAGGACCCCAAGUUUGUGGCCUUCGCCAAGCAGGAGAUCGCCGAUGCCUGCCAAAUGACCAUCGACGAGAUGGAAAACGCGGCCAGCGACCUGCUGAGCCGCGGGGCGGGGAGGCGGGGCCACGGGUCGCACUUCUUGGGCCGAGCCGACGUGUCGCCCCUGUACAGCGACGAGGAGUCCAUCAGGGGCCGCCUGGAGGAUGAGCUGGCCGACGAGAUGAACUGCGUCAGCUCGUUCUGAGAGGGAGGGAACCACCAGGGGUGUGCUGACAGGGGACCAGCUGGCUGAGAGAGAGGGAUGUACCAUUGUAGACUUUGCGGAUUGGGGGAGGGGGGGAUACUGUACGCAGCUUAAUAUGAAGGGGUGGACAAUGAAAAGCAGUAAACAGGGUUCCCACUGACCUUGAAAAAUAAUUUCAUCCUGGAAAUAUGUGGGACAGUCAUUGAAAGUGGUAAAAAAGCCCACUGUCCUUGAAAGGUCAUG